UAUGAAGACCCUUUUAUACUUUGAAAGACUAGUCUAGUAUAAUUGGAAGUAACUUGUUGUGUCUUUCUAUGAUGAUAAUGGGUGACGAGGCUCCACGUGGAGAGAAAAUAAUAUUUGGAGUGUAGCAUAUAAAUACUCCCCCCACCUUGAACACGAGCUCCAGCCAUUUCAAGUUAGUUUAAACAAAAAUCUCGUGAAACACAGGUUGAGCUGUAGGAAGAAGAUCACCAUGGCUUUCAAUUAUACUAGCAAGGUUCAAAAGAAAAUGGUAGACCAAUCCAUGCUACUGUGCUGCAAGUUCUUUAUCUCAGAAGGACGCAACAUUGCUACUCUUGAUGCAGUUGAACGGGCCGCGAGGUCAAACCCAGAAACUGUCAUUGUGAACAAAUUUCAUGGCAGAACUUACAACAGGGCAAGAUACAGCCUAGUAUCGUAUGUUUUGCAUGACUGUACAGGAAAUGUCAUAUAUAGCCCCCUGCAUGAAACUGUGGUGGCCAUGGCUGAGGCUGCAUUCAAUGCCAUCAACCUUGAAUUGCAUGACGGGUCUCACCCCCGCUUUGGUGUAGUUGAUGACAUAGUUUUCCACCCGCUUGCUCGUGCGUCGCUGGAUGACGCCGCGUGGUUGGCAAAAGCAGUGGCGGCAGACAUUGGCAACCGGUUCAAUGUACCUGUAUUUCUUUAUGCUGCUGCACACCCAACCGGGAAACAACUUGAUACAAUAAGACGAGAGCUCGGAUAUUACCGGCCUAAUUACAUGGGAAACCAAUGGGCAGGGUGGACUAUUUCUGAUAUCCUACCUCAAACACCAGACAAAGGUCCUAUGGUUGUUUCAAGAUCCAAAGGAAUCUCGACGAUCGGUGCGCGCUCUUGGGUCGCACUCUAUAAUAUACCAAUCUUGUCUGCCGAUGUAUCCGCGGCAAGAAGGAUUGCAAGGAAGGUUAGUGCUCGUGGUGGCGGGCUUCCAAUGGUGCAAACACUCGGGGUUGUUUGUGAGGAUUCCACUGAAAUAGCUUGCAUGUUGUUGGAGCCUAACUGGAUUGGAGCUGAUAGGGUGCAGAAUUUGGUUGAGAAGUUGGCAGCUCAAGAAGGAUUGGAUGUAGAAAAAGGAUACUUUACUGACUUUUCUCCAGAAAUGAUAGUAGAAAAAUACAUGAACCUAAUCUCUUCUAAAAAAUCAUCACCAUAGCUAGUUAUUACUUGGCAUUUGGCAUUGCAAUUCAGUAAAUUGAAAUAAGUUGUAAUUGCCUUAAUGGUUAGAUGGAAAAUUGAAGCAAGUACUUGAAUAAGUGUUGUUGUAUGUUACAUCUAACUUUGAAAAUGGUGUAUUAUUAACUAAUUGCUCAUCAGUAAUGUAUGAUUUACUUUAAGCACA